UUGUUAGUACAAUUUUAGAUGAAAGUUGUCCAGGAGGUUGAGGGCGGCUUCGGUACUGGUCACUUUAUCCUUGACCAUCAACUUUGGAGCAAGAAUCAUGCCGCGGUUAACGAGGUUACUGAGCAAUGUGGCGGAUAUGACAAAACAAGUGUCAAAUCUUCCAGAAUCGUACAUAAAGAGAGCUAUGGAGCAGGUUGAAUGGAAAACUCCAGAAGCUAUACAAUACAGACAGACAGAGAUCAAGAGGAAAAAGUUUCGUUAUACCACAAAUCGACCUUGGACAAAAGAGUUCUGGCAACAAAACCGGCCUGGAACACGUCGUAAAAAGGUGUUUCUGGAACCUGUAUUAGAAUGGACAUUCUUCAAAGGUGACCGGGUAGAAAUCCUCGAGGGUCCAGACAAGGGCAAGCAAGGUUUAGUGAACUACGUUGUCCAGGAGAGGAACUGGGUUAUGGUAGAAGGACUUAAUUGCCACUACCGCAAUGUGGGCAAGAAAGGAAAUUAUCCAGGCAUGAUGAUAAAGAGCGAGGCACCGCUGCUGGUGACAACGCAGGUUGCUCUUCUUGACCCUUCAGAUGGUAAGCCAACUGAGGGUGAAUGGCGUUACACGGAGGAAGGAGAGAAAGUCCGAGUCUCUGUACGUACAGGAAGAGUUAUUCCAAUACCCAAGUUGGCUGAAGAAACUGUAGACUACAAAACAAAAUCAACCUAUGCAGAACAAGAGAAAGAUACAACAGCUGAAAAUUUAACAAGCAUUACCUUUGAGCCUAAACUGAAGACAUUUGCUAUGGACAUAGCAGAGAAAAUGGGCAUCAAAGAAGAUAGAAUUCCUCAUAAGACUUUCUGGUAUUGAAUGUUGAAUUUUGAAGGAUUGUACAUACUUUAAAUGAAAUUAAGUUCUGAAA